GCGGCGGUAACAACCCCCUCCCCGGCCGCCAUGGCCCUGACGGCCGAGACCGAGUCCCGGCUGUACCGCUCGCUGCGCGCCGCCGCCGGCGCCGCCGCCCACCUCGUGGCGCUGGGCUUCCCCACCGCCGUGGCCGUGCUGGCGCGGCCCGGAUCCAGCCUCUUCUCCUGGCACCCGCUGCUCAUGGCCCUCGCGUUCUCGUUCCUGAUGACGGAAGCCCUGCUGAUAUUCUCCCCGGAGACCUCGCUGCUCCGCAACUUCUCCCGCAAAGUCAAAGUGCGGGUGCACUGGGCCCUCCAGCUGCUGGCCCUCCUCUGCGCCCUCCUGGGGCUGGGCCUCAUCGCCUACAACAAGCACCUGAACGGCAAAGCCCACUUCGUCACCUGGCACGGCCUGACGGGGCUGCUGACCGUGCUGUACGCCGGCGGGCAGUGCGCGGGGGGGCUGCUGCUGCUCUACCCCAAGCUGAUGAAGAACUGGACGCUGGCCAAGCUCAAGCUGUACCACGCGACCUCGGGGCUGGUGGGCUACCUGCUGGGCUGCGCCAGCCUGAUGCUGGGCAUGUGCUCCCUGUGGUUCACCGCCUCGGUGACCGGCGUCUCCUGGUACCUCGCCAUGCUGUGUCCCCUUCUCACCAGCCUGGUUAUCAUGAACCAGGUGAGCAACGCUUACCUGUACCGCAAGCGGAGCCAGCACUGAGGGCCUGGCAUAGAUCUGAACUUCCCCUGCGCGAGCCAGCAAGGCCAGGGCUCCCCCUCGCAGCCCCCCGGCUCGCGUAGGGUCUCCUCAGAACUCGGUUUCUACCUACUCGUCUCUCGUUAGUCCCGGAUUGUCUGUAGUGUCUUGUCCCCGGGGAGCAGCUAUGAUGUGCGUGACGCCGAGCGGGCAGGAGCUGCCUGCCUCAUGCCUGCCUUGGUGGGGAUGUUUCCCAGCACAGGUAAAGCUGCUGGUCCCCACGGCAGCUUGGUGCUCAGUGCUGGGAACCGGAGGGUUCACUCAGGAUUCCUGCUCCUUUUCCCUUCCCCUAUCACCCAGCGCUGCUUCGGAGCAGGCAGGACAGGAGCUGACACAUUCCUGGUGAGGAGGGCAGGGAGUCCCUGCUUGCCCGGGAGGCUGCAGCGGGCACUGCACUGCCUCUCCUGCCACGAAGGCAGCUUGGCCAGUAAAAACGCAGGGUACGGUUGUGGCUUCAGCCAGGGGAGGGCUGAAGUAGGGUGGCAGCACCCAAAGAGGAUGCAAUGGGACAGCGGCACUCGUGUCCCCACGGCGCAGCCCCGCGCAGGGACCCGGGGGCUCCCUGGGACCAGUGCGGUCAGCCCUGCCCGAUGGCCGCGGAUCUGGGCACCAACCUCCACGCACAAAUCCUUCCCGCAGGCUGGGACAGCGAAGCUUCAGCCUGGCAGGAGGUGGGGUCAUUUCACAGAGCAAAUUAGUGAGCUGGGCCACAAACCGGCAGCCUGUGAAGGCCUGUUUUGUCCCUCUGCGGGGCACAGGGAACAGCGCGAGCACGGGAGGAGCAGGGCUCAGCGCAGGCCUGGGGGAUGAGUCCUUGGGAAGGCAGAAAGGAACCUUCUCGCCUCACUGGCGCAACAGCCUUCCUUCCAGCCCACCCGCCGUCGGGGCAGCCGGGCACUGCGGGGCUCCGUCUGCCGCAGCAGCCCCAUGGCUCCUCCUCAGUGGGUAUCCUGCUCUCGGCAGGGCUGGAGAGCUGGGAGCGGCUCCUGGGCUGGGAAAUUCCUCUGUAUCCAGAGCUUUUAUUCAAUAAAGAUUUCAGGCAGCUACA